AUGGAUGAUGCUCUACAGCUUGUCAAUACACACGUCAAGCUCUUGGCGUUCGAUUUUCUUACACUGAAACCAAUCCCCUACGAAUCCACCAUUUUUUUUCGCAAGGGGAGACGCCUCUCGCGCGCAGAGACAGUAGGUAUGGUCGUAAGCAGAGAUUUCAAGCCCAACAGAUUUAUCAAGUUCGACAUUGAUGAUGGCACUGGUUGCAUACCUUGUAUCCUAUGGCUCAACCAUGAGAGUUCGCAUCGUCGUUGCCCAUCAAAUGUUCGACUAAUUGCCCAGAUGGCCGCUGAUUUUGCUUCCCAAAUCCAACUUGGGGUUAUUGGUCGAGUUCGCGGGAAGAUCAGUAGGUAUAGAGGUAAUCUUCAGAUUACUGUUUCUGAUGUUGUUAUAGAGAGGGAUCCCAACUCACAGAUUUUGCAUUGGCUUGAUUGUUUAAGGUUGGCCCGAAAUUGUUAUGACAAAGUUGUAGUCCUUCCUUCAACAUCACAUGUGUAA